AUGGCGCCAUCCGCAGCCCCCUCCUCCUCCUCGCACCUCCUCCUCGCCUCGCCCCACUCCCCGCCCACUCUCCUCAGGCUCCGCCGCGCGGGCGGCCGCUCCCUGGGGCUGUCACGGAGAGGCGGGAGCGCACGCCUUCGGGUCGUUCGACGAGCGGUGGAGGAGGACGAGAGCGGGGCCGCGAGCGGGGGUCAGGAGGUGGAGGCGGCCCCGGAGGAGCCAGUGGCUGGUCGCGACCUCGUCACGCUCACCGCCUGCCUCGUGGGCCUCCUCACCGGCGUCUCCGUUGUGCUCUUCAACCUCUCGGUUCAUGAAAUACGUGACAUAUUUUGGGACAGUAUUCCUUUGCGAGGCGCUUCAUGGCUGAGGGAGGAGCCGAUUGAUGAAGUCUGGCAGAGAGUGAUAUUUGUUCCGGUCAGUGGAGGGGUUAUAGUAGGUGGAUUGAACGCACUAAGAAGUUAUAUCAAAACUAACUCAAAUGCCCCUGUGUCCAAGAUAAAGAGUGCAUUUAGACCAUUCUUGAAAGCUGUGGCAGCAUCUUUCACACUUGGAACUGGCAAUUCACUGGGUCCUGAGGGUCCCAGUGUGGAAAUUGGUUCUGCAAUAGCCAAAGGAUUUGGUAAUGUGUUUGAGUGGGAGGGUGGGAAAAGGCUGUCUCUUGUGGCAGCAGGAUCAGCAGCUGGGAUCUCAUCUGGUUUUAAUGCUGCUGUUGCUGGGUGUUUUUUUGCUGUGGAAUCUGUUUUGUGGCCUUCUGCUGAUUCCUCAUCCCUUGCCAACUCGACACCUAUGGUGAUACUCAGUUCAGUGAUAGCAUCUGUUGUUUCAGAGAUUGGUCUAGGUUCUGAUCCUGCUUUCACUGUCCCAGAAUAUGAUUUUCGCUCCCCAACAGAACUUCCUCUGUACGUUUUGCUGGGUGUCUUCUGUGGGUUGGUGUCAAUUGCAUUAUCAAGAUGUACAUCACUUGCUAUGGAGGCAGUUGAAAGUUUACAAGGGGCAACAGGGUUACCGAAGGCUGCAUCUCCGGCUUUAGGUGGCCUCAUUGUUGGUCUCCUUGCACUUUUGUACCCUGAAGUAUUGUACUGGGGCUUUGAAAAUGUUGAUAUCUUGCUGGAAUCACGACCAUUUACAGGCGGCCUCUCAACAACCAUAUUAGUUCAGCUUAUUGGAGUGAAAAUAUUAGCAACAUCUUUGUGCAGGGCUUUUGGAUUGGUUGGUGGUUACUAUGCACCAUCUCUUUUUAUUGGUGCAGCCACAGGGAUGGCAUAUGGCAAAUUCAUGAGGUUUACAUUUACUGGCCCUGAACCACUGCUGCAUGUCCCAUUCCUAGAUGUGGCAUCACCUCAAGCAUAUGGCCUGGUAGGUAUGGCAGCUACCCUCGCUGGUGUAUGCAAGGUGCCUCUGACAUCUGUCCUGCUACUUUUUGAGCUUACACAAGACUAUCGUAUAGUUCUACCUUUGCUUGGGGCUGUCGGGUUAUCAUCCUGGAUUGCUUCUCCUCAAAGGUUCUCUAAAAGAAGUAAGCUGGAUUCUCAGGAGGAUAAAUCAAGUAUUCCUCAGCAAGCAAACAACAUGCUCACUCAAAACAAACAGGCCACUUCCAUGGAUACAGAUGAUUCGCCGCUAGAAUUAUGUAAAAUUGAAAGCUCCCUUUGUGUCUAUGAUGCCAACGAUGACAAUAUGUUAAAAAAUCUUACUGUUGCAGAGGCCAUGAAAACUAACUACUUCUCCGUCUCAAUGACAACUCCAUUAAUUGAGGCACUAGAUCUUAUGCUCGCCGAGAAGCAGCCCUUUGUUAUGAUAACUGAGAAUAACACAUUUGUAAGAGGCUUGCUGGCACUAAAGAACAUCCAAGAUUUUUGCAGAGCUGCAAAAACUACCAGAGCACAUGCUGAGGUAAAGGAACUCCUCAUAUCUCAUGUUUGCCAAGCAGGCAAGUGUAAAUCGUGGUCUGUGACGCCUCAGAUGCCACUUACUACUGCAGAGAAGAUUAUGGACUCUCAUGGUGUGGAUCACCUUCCUGUAGUUUCUGAGGAUGCUAAUCCUCAGGACAGAGGACCUUUGAUAGGUUUUGUAGACAGAGAAUGCAUUGCCAUCGCUCGAAGGGCCAUGGCAACAAAAGAAAUUUUCAGUUCUAUGUAUGAGAUAAAAAAGGAAGAGAGGUAG